GAUAUGUACGUGUGAAUCUCACAUACAAAGCAAAGCAAAGCAAAGCGUAAGUAUAAAUCACUUUGAUAUCUAUAUCAAUUAAAUACCGUCAUAAUAAAGAAAUAGUAGCUGUUCUCUCCAUUUUGUAUCCAUCUUCGCCUAGCCUACAUCGUCAGCAUCACCACCAGCCGAUUUUCUUUCUGCUGCCUCCCUUCCCAAGGCUUUAGUUUCUCAUUGAGAGUAAUGCUGUUUGGUAGCUUCUGACAAGAUGUGCUGCAAUUGAAUUCUUCCAACAACAAAGAUCGAACUAUCCAUUGGUGCAAUAAAACCAAUCUGCUAUCCAUUGGUGCAAUAAAACCAAUCUGCGCAUUUCAAGUCUCAUCGUCCUAAAAAUGAAGGCACCACCAAGAUGGCUUCCUUCUGAAGCAUGCAGGCCCUUUGUUGGCGAGGCUCCAGUCUUCUAUCCAACAUCUGAGGAGUUUGAAGACACCCUUGCUUAUAUCAAUAGCAUACGGAGCAUAGUUGAGGCAUAUGGUAUCUGUAAAAUUGUUCCUCCUCCAUCUUGGGCUCCACCUUGUCCCCUAAAAGAUAAGAAAGUAUGGGAACAAACUGAAUUUUCUACAAGGAUUCAGUAUGUUGAUCUCCUUCAAAAUAGGGAGCCACUAAGGAAAAAGCAACGUAAAAGAAAACGUCGGAGACAUUUCAAUUCAAAAUCAAGGAGACGUGCUCAUCCUGAACAUUCACAAUCAAAUAAUGCAUCUGAUAGUGAAGAGAAGUUUGGUUUUAAGUCAGGACCAAACUUUACACUUGAGACUUUUAAGCAAUUUGCUGAUGAAUUUAAAAACUCCUACUUCAGAUUGGAAGGGCCUCAAGACCAUUGUACUGAGACAAGGCAAGAUAAGUGGUGUUUGCCCUCAGUGGAUGACAUUGAAGGAGAGUAUUGGAGAAUAGUUGAGCAACCAACUGAUGAAGUUGAGGUAUACUAUGGAGCUGAUCUGGAAACUGGAACCUGGGGUAGUGGAUUUCCUAAAGAAUCGUCAUCACCUACUGAUUCAGAGAUCAAUCAAUACUUGAAAUCUGGAUGGAAUCUAAAUAACCUCUCCCGUCUCCCUGGUUCUGUUUUGAGAUUUGAAGAAGUUGACAUCUCUGGCGUAGUUGUACCAUGGCUUUAUAUAGGGAUGUGCUUCUCAUCCUUUUGUUGGCAUGUUGAAGACCAUCAUUUAUACUCAAUGAACUAUAUGCAUUGGGGGGAGCCAAAAGUUUGGUAUGGUGUCCCAGGUCGUCGUGCAUCUGAAUUUGAGAGCACAAUGAGGAAACACUUGCCAGAUCUGUUUGAAGAACAACCUGAUUUAUUAAAUGAAUUGGUCACUCAGCUGUCACCUACAGUUCUCAAGUCAGAAGGUGUGCCAGUGUAUCGAGUUGUUCAGAAUUCUGGGGAGUUUGUUCUUACUUCUCCAAGAGGCUAUCACUCUGGAUUUAAUUGCGGCUUCAAUUGUGCUGAGGCUGUUAAUGUGGCCCCUGUUGAUUGGCUACAAAAUGGACUAGGUGCAGUUGAGCUCUACAGUACACAGCGUCGUAAGACAUCCUUAUCUCAUGAUAAGUUGCUCUUGGCUGCAGUAGGGAAGGCUGUUCUGUCACUAUGGGAAAUCUCUGCUCUAAAGAAAGAAAAUUCAGAAAAUCUGAGAUGGAAAAAUGUCUGUGGAAAGGAUGGGAUGCUCACCAACAUAGUUAAGGCUAGGGUUGGCUUAGAGGAGAAAAGAUAUGACAAUCUUCCGCUACUCAUGCGUUUUCAGAAGAUGGAUAAUGAUUUUGAUCCGAAAAUGGAGAGGGAGUGCUUUUAUUGCUUUUAUGAUCUACACCUCUCUGCUGCUUGUUGCUGCUGUUCUGAGGGUAAAUUUGCAUGUCUUAAACAUGCCAAUCGCCUCUGUCGCUGUGAUGUAGAGAACAGAUUUGUUCUUGUGCGUUACACAAUAGAUGAAUUGAACACAUGGAUCAAGGCAUUAGAAGAUUGCAAGGAUGCUCUAGAAGCAUGUGUAUCAUAUGGUUUUGAUAUGCUGGAAAAAGGUGAUAGAUACGGAAUUGACGACCCAAGUGAAAAAAGUGCUAAACCAAAAACAGAUGCAAAACAAAUAGGGAGUGACUGUGGCUCAAGCAUGUCCGGAGUUGCAUCAGAUCAUAGUCCCUCCCCACGUUUGAUUGAUUUGGUUGAUUCUAGUAAGUCGUUCGGGGUUGAAUUUCCUCCUAGCUCACCUUCAGGCUUUCCACUGAAAGCACCUUCGGAAAAUGAAAAUGUGGAGAAUCUGGCAGGUAGUAAUCCACAUGCUGAACAGAGGCUGGAUGUUGUAGUUGAGCCCAUAAAUCUUGGGUCUGUUGAUUCUGUAGCAGGAAAACUAAUGUGCCGCAAGGAUGCCAUAUUCCCAAGAGGAUAUAAAAGCCAAGUGAAGUUCUUUAACUGUUGCAAUCCGCUUGUGAAGAGUAGUUAUACAUCAGAAAUCAUUGAUGCCGGGCCCCUAGGUUACAUAUUCAAGGUUAGUUUAGAGGAGCCUCCACAUGAGACCUUUGUGAGUGCCUCAGCUGAGAAGUGCUGGGAGAUGGUGCUGCACAGACUUAAUCAUGAAAUAGCAUUGCUGGGGCGCUCAGGGAAUCAAGAGUUACCCCCUCUGCAGACUAGUAUCAAUGGGCUUGAAAUGUUUGGAUUUCUCUCUCCAGCCAUUCUCGAGGCAAUCGAAGCUCUGGACCCGCAACACCACUGCACAGAAUACUGGAACAACAAGUUCCUCCACAAGGAAUUGACUUCUGCAGCUGGAAAUAAGUACAGUUUGGGAACAAGGGGUGGUGAAGGCCUGGAAAUGGGGAAUGGUGGUGUGCAAGGAGUGGGAAAAGAAGCAGAACCAGAACAAGAGGAGGCGAAAGCCGGGUUGGGGAAGGGUGAAUCCUCCUCCUGUUUAAUAGGCAGAGAAGAGGAGGAAGAGGUAAGGCGCGUAAUGAGGAGGUUAAUGAAAAAGGCUGAUGGUGAAGAGAUGGGCACGUUGCAGAAAAUAAUGAGGCAGGGAUCAACAAGCACCGCAUGGAGAGUGGCUAUCGAAACCCUCACAGAAGAGGCCGAGGAGAGGAAAGCCACAUGCUCAAAGUAAGUAGUUAUUUACAUCAUACAUACAUAUAUAUUUUCGGAAACCUGCUGUGGCAGCGCGGAUUAUUUUGUUUCGUCUUUGUCUGUUUUAACUAAGGAGAAUUUCAUGUGGUAGCUAGGAUGAUAAGUUUACAUACUUCCAUUGAAGUUGUCUUUCUUUUCAGGAAUGAUGGGAUAAUAAUGACUUUGUUGUUGUUGUUGUUGUUUUUAAUCUUGUGGUAAUUAAAAUGGUGAUGGAU